CUCGCAUCCUCCGUCCCCACACGUUCACGCUCGGUUCCUUUCGUCCUCCUCUAAUCUUGUUUCCAAUGGGAUCCACGAUUCCCGGGAUUCGCCGGAGGAUAAUCUGCUCCGACUUUUGCCGCCGUUGAAGGAGUCUUCCUGCGAGCAGACGUAUGGAUUCUUGCCCUGCACCACCUCUGUAGUCGGAAACUUGUUCCUUAUCGUCGUCUAUGGCUUCCUAAUGUACAAGGCUGCUACCUAUUUGUCCAAUGGCAGCGAGCUGUUGCUUGAGAUCUUGGGCCCCGGGAUCGUUGGUGGCUUGUUUCUUCCCGUUCUCGGAGCGCUGCCUGAUGCCAUGCUCAUUCUCGGUGUUGGGAUCAUUUUAACAGUACAAGGAAUUGAUGAUGGCUCUCCAAUCACAUCAAAUAAGGUUCACGCUCGGUUCCUGUCGUCCUCCUCUAAUCUUAUUUUCAGUGGGAUCCACCAUUCCCGAGAUUCGCCGGAGGACAAUCUGUCCCGGCUUUUGCAGCCGUUGAAGCAGUCUUCCUGCGAGCAGACGUAUGGAUUCUUGCCCUGCACCACCUCUGUAGUCGGAAACUUGCUCCUUAUCGGCGUCUAUGGCUUCCUCAUGUACAAGGCUGCUACCUAUUUGUCCAAUGGCAGCGAGCUGUUGCUUGAGAUCUUGGGCCCUGGGAUCGUUGGUGGCUUGUUUCUUCCCGUUCUCGGCGCGCUGCCUGAUGCCAUGCUCAUUCUCGUAUCUGGGCUUUCCGGUAGCAAAGAAACCGCUCAAAGUCAGGUCUCUGUUGGAAUGGGUUUGCUAGCGGGGUCAACAGUUUUGCUUCUGACUAUAAUAUGGGGAACUUGUGUAAUUGUUGGCAAGUGUGACAUUGAAGAUUCAAUUGCGAAAGAUUCACAAGACACACGAGGAUUUAGCUUAACUGGUUCUGGCGUUAGUACUGAUAUUUGGACAAGCUAUGCUGCAAGGAUCAUGGUUAUAUCUGUCAUUCCAUUUCUGAUUGUUCAGAUACCCCAAGUACUCAAAUCAACGUCUGGAAGGCACUUGGCUGUUUUAAUUGCACUUAUUGUCUCUCUUUGUUUAUUGGCUUGUUAUUGCUUUUACCAGGUUAUCCAGCCCUGGAUACAGAGGAGAAGACUUGCUUAUGUGAGACACAAGCACGUAAUAUUUGGAAUUCUGAGACAUUUAAAGCAGCAAGCAUUGGGAAGGUUGCUGAGAGAAGAUGGUGAACCUGAUAGAGAAAUAAUCAAGAAGCUUUUUUCAAAAAUUGACGAGAACGGUGAUGGACAACUUUCUCAAGGUGAGUUGAGAGCGCUGGUUGUUGGAAUUGAACUUGAAGAGCUUGACCUGGACCAUGAUGAUGCUGUAACGAAAAUAAUAGAGGAUUUUGAUACUUCUCGUAACUCACUUAUUGCUGAAGAGGAGUUUUUUAACGGAAUUAGUAGAUGGCUUUCUAAGGCUAAGCGCUCUCGACGUGCUUCUGGUGAUGCUGGUCCACAUACAAUGAAGUACUUAACUGAUUUUCACCAAGAAACAAAGAGGGAACACGAUCUGCUGGAUGUUGGGGCUCCGGCUGAAGAAGCUGCUGAGGGUGUUCAGAAUGCCAAAUGGAAUACUAUAAAAGCAGUGCUGCUGCUCCUUCUGGGAACAGUUAUUGCUGCUGCAGUUGCUGAUCCUCUGGUUGAUGCUGUUCACGAAUUUUCCGACGUCACAAGUAUUCCUGCCUUCUUCAUUUCCUUCAUUGUACUGCCUUUGGCUACAAAUUCCAGUGAAGCAGUGUCAGCAAUUAUUUUUGCUAGCCGUGACAAGAGGCAGACCGCCUCCUUAACUUUUUCCGAGCUAUAUGGGUCGGUGACAAUGAACAACGUGCUUUGCCUGGCAGUGUUCUUGGCCCUUGUGUAUGUAAGGGGAUUGACAUGGGACUUCUCUGCAGAAGUGUUGGUCAUUAUGGUAGUUUGCAUUGUGAUGGGGGCCUUUGUCAGUUUCCGUACCACUUUUCCCCUCUGGGCUUCUAUAGUGGCCAUCCUACUUUAUCCCUUCUCUCUCGCAUUGGUCUAUGUCCUUGAUUAUAUCUGUGGUUGGUCAUAAACCCCAAUCAUCAACACAUAUGAAUGCUCUGUUAAAUAUAAGUAAACCAAUCUGGUUAUCAAGGAACGUGUGGGUUAGAGAUGUUUGUUUAUGAUUAGCUUGGUUUAAUUCUUAUUUUUAGUGAGCAUGUUCUAUCUUAGGCCUUUACUAUUAUCGUAUAUGGAUAUUGUAAUGAACUAAUGAGAGACUGAUGUUCCUGGCCUUCACUGAUACAUCUAUGUUUAACUGAGAAGCUUGAAUAGAGAAUCAUAAUGCUUGAUUAGUACU